AUGGAUGGAUAUCGCCAAUAUCCAAUAGGAUAUCCACCACCACGUCGAACUACACCAGAUAACAUGAGCAAUAACAUUUAUCCGCCGCGUGGAGCACCAAUUUCUCCAUCACGUCCAAUAAGUCACGUCCCGAAGUUAAGGGAAUCAACGAUACAGGUCAAUCCUGAUAUCAGUCAACUACAGAGUUGGUCUGCUCGUGGAUUUCUUACAUCAUCUAACGCGCAAAAGAGUGUUUAUUAUCCAUCCAAAUCGAAAAAGAGAAUUUUACCAGCCACUAUAACAAAAAUUAACGAGAAAGAAUUCAGCAAUAUCGGUAAAUACAAAUUGAUUGACUUUUAUCAUCCAAAUACCGAGAUUUUAAAUAAUUUAGUUUCCAGCCCAAUCGAAGAGAUUAUUGGAGUCAAGAGUGAUCGUGGCAAACUCUUAUUCCUAACUAAACUUCAAGAUUCCUCCUAUAAUCAUUUACUUUGGCUUGAAGAACGAGAUAUCAAAAUGUAUUUGAAAGGAGAACAGAUAUUUAAUAUAUUUUCGGCUCUCGGGUAUCUUAAGAAAGAGCCAUUCUGUAAUCCUCUCUUCAAAGUUCCUGAAUACGUUCUUUCUAACAUAAAACAAGAUGGCCAAAAUUUCUCAUUAGUUAAAUGGAAAGGCUUGAAUAUCGAAUACUGUACAAUAGAGAAUAGCGAAGACAAAGAAAUCUCAAAAUUAGUCCGAAAAUUCAACGAAUUUGAACGAAAACCAGAUAAAUUAGGAGAUGAGUAUCCAACAUUAGACAAAACUCAAUUCGAUUUCAUUGGAAAGGUCAAACCAGAAUUUAUAUUCGACAUGUACGAGAAAUUCUUUGGAAAAAAGGACAUUUCGCUACGAGGAAACUUCUUUUCGGAAUUAUACCGAACAUUGAUGAACUUUUUGAUGGUUGUAAAGCGUUACAACGGUUUUUACGCUCCAAUUCUCUUCAUUACUUCAGAAAAUUACAUUUCCCUUAUCAAAAACAUCGUAAGUCAUGCUUUUGAGGAUUCCAUCAUCAUUACAUUAAACAACAGUUCGAUAGAACUCAAAGCUUUUCGCGAAAACAUCCUUCAAUGCAGAAAAUCAAUUUUUGACUUCUUAAUUAUCUCUCCUGACGCUUAUUCCAACAUGCUUGUCGAGUUUACAAGGUUUAACUGGCUGAUUACCAUCAUUGAUAACGAUUCUUCCACUACGAAAAUUGAUUAUUCUUCAAUUAACUGCAGAUCGAAGAUCCACCUCCAGAAAUCGUAUUCUCAGCAAGUAGAGAAUACUGUGAGGAUGGAUUCAUUCGAAGAAUCCGAAUUAGAUCUCGAUGAAUUUAUUAUUACUUGUCCUCCAACGGCUUAUCAACGCCAUUGUUACGAGAAAGCUGUUAUUCCUUACAUUGGCAAAGAUAUCAACUCAAAAGCCAUGGAAAAAAUAAGUAAUUCAAUAAAUUCAAAAUUAAUCAACAAAUACGAAAUAAUUUACCAACAAUUAUUCGAGAACAUCGUUACAAAAGAGAUUCAGCCACAUAAAUUUAACAUGACGAACAUUAAUACCGGUAAAUUGAAAUAUCUUCAAAGAUUAGUCGCUUUUUGUAUGGCGAACAAUCAGAAAUUACUUGUUAUUUCGUCAGAUGACAAGUUCUUGAGGAUAAUUGACUCAAUUUUCAGGUAUUCUCCAAAUUGUCCGAUUUAUUUGAAUUCAAUUCCAAAUGAUCUGACCACUUGGCAGUUCGUUCUACUCCAUAUCGAUGAACCAGCAGAUUGGAUGGCCAUGAAGCCCGAUAUUAUCGUUGUUCCCGAUGGAACAAAGAAUUAUCUUUCUUAUUACACAAGAUUGGAUAAACAGACACGCCAAAUACCAUUCAUUAGACUUGUAUCAUCAUAUACCCAUGAUGAAUGGCUGUUCCCUUGUGAAGAUUCCGAUGAAUUUCCGAAAAUGUCCGAAAUUUUCGAUGCCGCCUGCGAAUAUGUUCUUCGUCCAACGAGAGAAACAUUCAGAGCCAUCGGAAAAGGCAACUACUGCCCUCAAUUCGAGAAUCUUUUCGCUGAUGACCGGAUUUCAUUUAAAGAUCUCGAAGCAGGAACAAUACAGUUCGAUCCAAUCCUUCCAGAUUACUUCAUGAAGCAGCAACAAGACGCUGACAGGAUCAAAGAAGAGGAUCAGAAGAGAAAAAUCGAGAAACAAAAAGAAAGAGAAGAAAAAUUACGUCAGAUGCAGAAAGAAAAGGAAGAAAGACAAAGACAAUUACAGAAAGAGAGGGAAGAAAAGCAAAGACAGAUACAAAAAGAGAAAGAUGAGAAAUUGAAACAAUUAUUGAAAGAAAAAGAAGAAAAACAGAGACAAUCUUUUGAUUCCGAGGUUGACAUACCUGAUCUCGAGACAUCUUCUCCUUUAGAAGAGGAAUCUCUCCAUUCUUCGCCAAAAGAAAAAAUUAAAAGAUCCGAAAAGUCCCAGAAACCCUCCAAACUUAAAAGAUCCAUGUCAUUCAGCAGCUCAGAAGACGAAGAAGAAAGGAAACCUCAGAAAUCGAAAUCCAAAUCCGAAAAAGAGGCCAAAUCUUCCAGAUCUGAUAGAGAAUCUAAUAGAAUUGAUAGAGAUAACGAUUCUAAGCCAGAAAAAGAGCCGAAAAUGAAGAGAGAAAGAAUUUCCAAAUCGAAAUCCGAAGAAAAGAAAGAGAAACAGGAGAAAUCCGAUAAAGAAACCAAACCAGAGAAAGAACCAAAGGCUUCCAAACCAAAAGAUGAUAAGAUACCAGAAGAAUCUGUUCCAGAAGUUCCAAAACGCAGACCUGGCCGGCCAAAGAAGAAUAAUUUAACAGAAGAACAGAAAGAGGAACUCAAACAGCAGAAAAUUGAGAAAAGAAAAGAAGACAGGAAGCGAAAGAAAGAAGAAGAACAGUUAAAACUCGUUGAAUUUAAACAAAAACAGGCAGAAGACAAAAUCAGAAUAAAGAAACUUAUCGAUCAGUACCAAAGAGUCAGAUUGGCAAGCCAACCACCUGGUUCUAAGAUUGAUGAGUCAAUUCAUGAAAGAGAUACUGUCAGAGAAGUGGUUUCUAAGACAUCAGAAACGAAGGAUGGUAUUGUAUACACGAGAAAGAAGAUGCGCGUAAAGAGAAUUAAGGAAUCACAUUGGCAGAAUGGCUCAAUUAAGAGAAAUAGCACAAGAAUUAAAAUGACAAAACGCCAAGAACUCGAAUUAGACAUUACUCCAAUCAGGAGGCGUAGAGUUAAACCAGAAAAAGAAGAAGUUGUCGAUGAAAAAGAAACUAAAUCUGAAGAAUUAAGCGAAGAAGAGGAAGAAGAAGAAAUUCCAGAAGAAUUAAUCGAAGAGGAGGAAGAUUCUUUGGAUGAAUCAAACGAUGAUUCGCUAAAUAUGGAUGAUUCUGAUAAAGAAAACUUAAACCUUGAAAGGGAAAUGGAUUCUGACAAAGAGGAACUAAAAAGUGACGUUUCAAGAGCGAAAUCUGACAGAGAAAGGAAACCUAAGACAAAGAAGAGCAUUAAAGAGCUCUUAGAGGAAGAAGAAGUUGAUGAGGCAGAAGAGGAAGACUAUAGAUUGUUUACUUUCACUUCAAACGGAAAAAUUAAACCAAAUCUCAACCAAGUUUUGACUUCUAAGUUUGUUGAGAUGCCAGAUAUGACUAAUGAGAAGAUGACAGCUGAUGAUUACUCAUAUGUUUGGCAAGAAACAGACUACGAAGUAUUAUUUGCGGAAUUAACUCGAAUUUGUUGGGGCAAAUGGUCUCAAAUCGCAGUUAAUAUGGGCGCUUUAGUCUCUCUCAUGUCAAUUAAAGAGACAGCGUACUUUAUGGUCGAAAUUUUGUUGCAUAUUCUACAAAGAGAUCUGCAUCCACUGCUUGCAGGCUUAUUUGUAGACUUCCAAUCCAGUUGGCCAGAUGACUACAGAGAUAAAAUGCUCUCAUCUCUCACAUUAUUCUAUUCAACUAAAGCAAAUAAGGCAUUGGCCAACCAACUCACUAAAAUUGAGUUGUUACUAGCUGUAUCAUGCCUUGUAAGAUCAGCCACAUCGAUUCCUUCCACGAUUUUCAUGCAACCGAUUGCAUCAUCUUUUAUGCCAACAGAAAAGUGGACAAAAGAUGAUGAUAAACUGUUAGUUGCAAUGAUAUGGCUCACAGGAUACUCUUCAAACGACAUCGGACUCGAAAAAGUCUAUAAAUGGACAGGAGGUUUAGUUCCUUCCCAUUCCAAUUGUUUGACAAGGAUAGAAGAGAUCGUAAAGAACAUUCUGCCGAGAUUCAACGCGAUCAGUUUCCCACAAACUCAGCCAAACUUGGAAAAUACCAAGGAAAUUUUCGAAAACGGUUUUGACAUAAUUUUGCCAAUUGAUGAUCAAGUUAAUUUAGUUACAUCUAUACAGUCAUUUGGAUCCGAAAACUUAGAUGAAAUUAAAUCUGUCACAAAAUUGAAUACUCAAACCGAUUUCUCUCAAAUUUUCAAUGAUAUAUGGGAAUGUAUCAGAGAAAACAACAUUCCAAAGAUUCACUCAUUAUUACCAUAUAUUACACCACAAUUCCUUGUGCAUUUCAUUGAAAAAACUCUUAUUGUCAACAAAGCGAGAGAAAAUCUUGCGAAAAACAAGGAAAACCUUGUUGCAGAAGAUUUCGCUAUUCUUACUGCUGUAUCAACAUGGGGAUUGGAGUCUUGCCACUUCAAGAGCUUCGUAAUCCGCCAAACGAUGGAAAACUCGAAAUUAUCUCCAAAUGCAAUCCGAAAUCACCUGAAAAACGUGAACUCCAACAUCACGAAGAGCAGUCAUUCCAAGGCAGGUUCAUCCAGCUACGACGACAUGUUCGAUCUUGAGUUGCCAUGUAAUUUAUCUCCAUCACAAGUUGUUCAUUCUCUUGGCCAAAUAAUUCCGAAAGAAAACUACUACAACGAAGAUUAUAUUUAUCCAAUCGGUUUCUCGUCAUCUGUUACUUUGGUUGUAAAUGGAAGACAGGAGAAUUUCGAUUGCCUCAUCAAAGAUGACGGUGAAAAGCCGCAGUUCCUUGUAACGAUGGCCAGCCAUCCGACAAUUUUUGCCCAGGGAACUUCCCCGGACGAUACGUGGACGAUAGAAAUUCAAUCUGUCAGAGACUCUAUAGAUAAAGAAUUUCUGACCGGAAUAAAUGGAACUCCCGGCCACGAAUUGUUUGGAUUGCUCAGUCCUGUGAUGAUGAGGUUCAUCCAGAAGCUUGAGAACGCAAACAAGCUUCAGAACUACAGAAUGAAACACUUCAAGAUGUCAGCAUUAACAUUAAAGAGAAAUAAAGGAAUUAACAUGAUCGCAAAAGAUGAAAUCAAACCGUCAAAAUCUUCUGAAAAAGAGAAACCUCAGAAUUCUGAACCUAAAACACACGAAGAACCUCCUGAAUCUGUCAUGGCAACAAUACAUUUCGGUGAUGCAAUAAGGAAAUACGGAGAAGGACAGAAGUUGUUCAUUGAUUCAAAGGCUUUCAUUGAUAUUUCACGUGUAAAUGUCAAAGAUGAAAACUUGCCAAUGAGAAGUAGACUGAUUCAAGUUUUGUCGUCUGUUGAUGAUGAAUUGUUAGUGAUUCCUGAACAGAAAAAUACUGUUGAGUAA